CUUUGAGGAUGUAAAUUUCAAAUUUUUGCUGAGAAAGUUUUAGAAAAGAUAAAAUCUUUUUUUCUUUUUUCUUUUAAAUGAUUAAUUAGACAAUAAUUAAUUAGACAAUUAUUUACCUUAAAAAACAAAAAUCAUCAACAACAGCAACAACCCAAAGCUUUGAUUGAUUGAUGGUGGGUUUUUUUUUCUCUAAAUCCAUUAUUAUUUUUUAUCUUUUAGAUUCUAAAAUAUAUACAAGAAAGGAUUAGCUCAGCAAUCUCUUUUUUUUGUUUUGGCAUAUCUUUCUUUUGGUGGAAAAUGGUGGUUGGGUUUUUAAGAUCAAACCCAGAUCUUGUUACCUUUUGAUCUAGCUGAAUGCUUUUGUUAAUUUGUGGGAGCUGAUGAGAAUUAGAGUCAAAGGAGGUACAAAACAGAUAUUUUCAACGUAUGAAGUUGGUUGAUGUUGCCGUUCAAGCAAACAAGGGAUUUUCUUUGUUGGACAUAACUCAUGGUAGGGAGGAUCGAGUUGCUCAUUUAUCAGUGGUUUAUGGUAGGGAGGAUCGAGUUGCUCAUUUAUCAGUGGUUUUCUGUUUAUGAGUCCAACAGUUUAUGGUGCCGAUGUUUUCCUUUGUGAGCCUUUUGAUGGUGCAUUUGCUUGGAAGGGUUUUCUUUUCUUAUCAAGUUGUGUAGUGCACGAGAAGAGAUUAAUUAGUUUUAUGUUAUGAUGAUCAAACAAAUAUUUAAUAGGCUCCCGCGGAAACAAUCUAAGUCAAGUGACAAUCGUGAGGGAGGUGGAACCUCUGCCUCUUCUUCAAAUGCUUAUACCAGUUCAAGAAAUAAUGCAAAUUCUGGUGGUCCAGCCUCUUCUGGUGUUAGUUCUACACCAAAUUUAGGGCUGAAUCAAGGGAAUAAGGUUUCUCAAGUGGUGAAUACAAAGCUGAAUGGAGAUGUAUUUGCCUCUUCAUUUGUGACAUUGCCUAGUUUUAAAGAUAUUCCGAAUUCCGAGAAGCAGAACUUGUUUAUCCGAAAGCUGAACCUGUGUUGUGUCGUGUUUGACUUCAGUGACCCAACAAAAAACCUCAAAGAAAAGGAUAUCAAGCGACAAACUUUGCUAGAGCUUGUAGAUUAUGUUUCAUCUGCUAAUGGGAAAUUCUCAGAGAUUGUUAUGCAGGAAUUCGUAAAGAUGGUGUCUCUGAAUUUGUUUAGACCACUUACUUCACCUCCACGUGAGAACAAGGUUUUAGAAGCAUUUGAUGUGGAAGACGAGGAGCCAUCGGUUGACCCUGCAUGGUCUCAUUUGCAAGUUGUCUAUGAGUUAUUCUUGAGGUUUGUGGUGUCACCCGAGACAGAUGCAAAACUGGCCAAGCGGUAUAUAGAUCACACUUUCAUUCUAAAGUUACUAGAUCUUUUUGAUUCCGAGGACCCCAGAGAAAGGGACUCUUUGAAAACUCUUCUGCACCGAAUUUAUGGGAAGUUCAUGGUCCAUCGACCAUUCAUCCGGAAAGCAAUCAACAACAUCUUUUACCGUUUUAUUUUUGAAACCGGAAAACACAAUGGAAUAGCUGAGCUAUUAGAAAUACUGGGAAGUAUAAUCAAUGGGUUUGCUUUACCACUGAAGGAGGAACAUAAGCUCUUUCUUGUUCGUGUACUGAUACCACUUCACAAACCGAAGUGCAUACCUGCGUACCACCAGCAGUUAUCUUACUGCAUUACUCAAUUUGUCGAGAAAGACUGCAAGCUUGCUGACACUGUUAUACGGGGCUUGCUGAAGUACUGGCCAGUUACCAAUAGCUCAAAAGAAGUUAUGUUCUUGGGUGAACUCGAGGAAGUUUUGGAAGCAACACAACCUGUGGAGUUUCAACGUUGUAUGGUACCCUUAUUCCGUCAGAUUGGCCGCUGCUUAAGUAGUUCGCAUUUUCAGGUGGCCGAGAGGGCAUUGUUCUUAUGGAACAAUCAUCAUAUUGAAACCCUAAUAAAGCAGAACCGUAAUGUUAUACUUCCGAUUAUCUUUCCUUCCUUGGAAAGGAAUGCAAGAAGCCACUGGAAUCCUGCAGUGCAGAGCUUGACGCUAAACGUCCAAAAGAUUUUCUCUGACAAUGACCCCGAGCUCUUUGAGGAGUGCUUGCAUAUGUUUCAGGAAGAAGAAGCACGAGACAAUGAGGCUAAAUCAAAACGGGAAGCCACAUGGAAACGGUUAGAAGAGAUUGCAGCAAUGAAAGCUGCCAGUAAUCAACCAGUGCUUGUUUCCCCGAAAGUAACUACUCGCAAGUGAUCUGGCUAGGACACGAGGUUACCAUUGUUGUUGGCAAUGGUACGUUUACGAGAUCGAUUUGCAAACCAUAAGGUUUGGUAUUAAAGCUGAGUUUUAUCAUUGUAUCCAGUUGUUUCACCUUCUGAAUAUUUGGUUUCCUAGAUUUUGGUAUCAUAGGGUUCAUUUAAGAUUUGCUACAAUUUAGGCCUAUUUUGCUCAUAUAUUCAUAUAAUGUAUAUAAUACAAUGGAUAGGGACCAAAAAAAAAAAAAGUUUGGGUUUUAGACAUAUUUUCACUGAUAAUCCUUUUAAGGGUGGCAAGGAAAAGCAUGAAUUCCACAUA